AUGAACCAAACAGAUUUUCAGUAUGAAGCCAAAACCAGCUUUUUUAGAACCUUAUGGUCUAAACCCAACAAAACCACCUCACCAGACCUCAUCCCUCUCUUCUGUGACUGCAUCCAAGCUGCUUCAUUCAGAACAAAGGAGUAUCUGCUCUCCAGUGACCCAUAGAGCAAGUUCCACCCGAGUUCUUCAACCCUAAACGAGAUCAUUCUAAUGGCUUACAUCCAGUGCAGCAGCCAACUUAAUUUCACCAACAUCUUUAACUUCAUGGCUUUAACUUCAUGGCCCGAACAGAAGAUACUUCUGGGUGCCAACUGGGUCUGGGCUGUUUUGGAUCAGCCAAGCAAGAACCCCAGAACUCAGAUUGCAGUCCAGGUUUUAUGUCUUCCAUAGUGAACGGUGGAGAACGUUGAGGAACUGUCCUUAGAUAUCUACAGUGAGAUCAUGCAAAUAGCUGGGAUGGCCCAAGUCAAGAAGAUGGUGGAACUCUGCACUUCCAUUGGCAGAGACUGUUAUGCACUUUUCAUGUUUUUUGGAUGCAAAAAUUAUAAAAGGAACAUUUAUGGGUUACUGAGCAAAAAUCUGCAUGCAGCUGUUGGAAAAUGUGUAUGAAUUGAUCAAGAUUUUAUUGAUCAUUUCUUCAAAGGAGCCAAAUGCUUCGUCACUCCAAGUGGGAUAUUUCAAACAAUAGUUGACAAGGAGGGUGAUAACCCUUUUAUCAUGCUAGUAAAAAUUCACCAACAGCUUAAACUUACAGUAGAUUAUCUUGCUACUGUAUGUUUAUUAGUUAAAUCUAAGGGGCAGCUAACAUCUUGGUAACAGACACUUUUA